CUCCUUCGGGAGAAGGUGAGGGGCGGACGCUCGGACCUAAAAUUAAUUUUAGGUUACCAACUUCAAAAUUCUUGGUGUUCAAAGCAUAACAUUCAAAAUGGGUCUGGACCAUUGUCGAAUGGGAAUGUGCGGAGGUGUGGCGGAUUUGCCGGCUUGUCGGCUGUGAAGCAGACUGCACUGUUCUGCCCUGCGCUGAGCGUCUCAUCCGACUUUCUGUUGCUUCUCCGGCGAGUUCUCGACCAAUCGGCAUCAAGAUGUCUCAG